AUUGUUUUUCUAUGACAAUUUGUUGUCUCUAACCAUAGCGGUCAUAAACUAAAAACAGACCAUAUUCUCAUAGAAAUGCAGUGAGGGCUAUAAUAUUCGCCAUGUCUUCCUCAAGAAACGAGUUUCCCCUGGAAGCUCUAAAGGUUCAUGGACCCAAUUACCUAAAACAUGCCCUUACCAGUUGCACAGAUCCUUUGAAGGCUAUUGAGGAAUUCCAGGUCACAAAUGGAAUAUUACUGCCUUCACUCAGACCUAUGUUACCUCUUUUGGAUCUUCAUGGAGUGAGACGACUAGAUUUUCACAUGUCAGUUGUGGAGGAACUAAGGGAAAAAUUAAUAAACCACAUAAAUGAAAUAGGAAAGCAAGAAGGGAAGGAACGUGACAUGAAACUUAAAGAACUGCUAACCAAAAGCUUCCCUGUGGUCAAAGUCAAAGCCAUGAGGCCCAUAGUGAUGGCAAUAUUAAAAAAUACGCCUCAAAUUGAAGAUCACUAUCUGAAAGUUCUGGUUAGGGACAGGGAUUUGUACAAUGACACUAAUACUGAGGUGAAACGACAAAUCUGGAAGGACAAUCAGUCAUUGUUUGGUGAUGAGGUUUCACCUUUGCUGAGUCAGUAUAUUAGUGAAAAAGAGAAUAUUUUGUUUGAUCAUACAAAUCUUACUGCACUCUUCUUUGGACCUUCACCCAAGGUUCGUAGACAGGGCGAAGUUGUUCAAAAACUGGCGCACAUGAUCGGCAAUAGCGUUAAAUUAUACGACAUGGUGUUGCAGUUUCUCCGCACUCUGUUCCUACGCACUAGAAAUGUGCACUACUGUACCCUACGUGCCGAAUUAUUGAUGGCCCUGCACGAUCUUGAAGUGCAAGACAUCAUCUCAAUUGACCCUUGCCACAAAUUCACGUGGUGUUUGGAUGCGUGCAUUAGGGAGAAAAACGUCGAUAUAAAAAGAUCAAGGGAGCUACAGGGAUUCUUAGAUAAUGUUAAGCGUGGCCAGGAACAAGUCCUGGGAGAUUUAUCGAUGACGCUGUGUGAUCCAUACGCCAUCAAUUUCCUGGCAACGUCUGCCAUUAAAAUUCUACACCAUCUUAUUUAUAAUGAAGGACUACCCAGAGAUAAUACAAUUCUGAUUCUACUAUUACGAAUGCUGGCUUUGGGACUGAGUGCAUGGGUGAUGAUAGACUCCCAAGACUUCAAGGAACCGAAGCUCGAGAGCCACAUUGUAACGAAGUUCUUACCAGCACUUAUGUCACUUAUGGUCGACGACCAGGUACGACAACUGUCGGCCAAACUGCCGCCAGACGAACGCGAAGCAGCCAUUACUGUUAUCGAGCAUUCAGGCCCACUUCCUGACGCCAUCGAAGCUUACAUACAAGACAGUGCAGUUGCCAGUAUACUAGCAAUGUAUUAUGCCCUGCAUGUGGCGAAGGCGCGAGAUAGAGUCGGUUUGUUGCGAAUACUUAAUGUUUUAGCCAACUGUAAGGAUGAUCGUGCCUUCGAAGAUCCAUUCCUUCACUCGCUGGUAGCGCUGCUUAUUCACAACCCGGAUGAGUUCCAGGCGGCGGACUUCUGCACAGCCUUGUUCGACGAGCUGUUGUUCCCCGGUUUGUCGCGUGACAACGUGGUUAAACACCUGUUGAAACUGCUUUGGUAUGUGCACCACAAACUACCUGCGAACAGGUUGAACACGUUAAUGAAGGCUUUACAACCGACCCAUCAGCACGCUGAAAAGGUGCACGGUGUUUACAAGAUGCUGCAGGAUAAGAUUACGUCGCAAGAGGAAACUGUACCACCUCCAGAGAUGGACGUUGAUCUAAAUUCGCCACUGAUGAGUGUCCCUACUCCCGCUCCGUUUCAUCAUACGUUGUAAUUAAUUAAUCCAUACAUUGUAACAUCGAACUGUUUUAAUAUAAAAUUUUUUAAUUCGU